GGGAGUCCCGGCGCACAGAGCGCGAAGUACCCGGAGCACGGCAACCCCGCCAUCCUACUUAUGGGCUCAGCCAACGGUGGGCCCGUGGUCAAAACUGACUCACAGCAGCCCCUCGUCUGGCCCGCCUGGGUCUACUGCACUCGCUACUCGGAUCGUCCGUCUUCUGGUCCGCGCACCAGGAAGCUGAAGAAGAAGAAGAACGAGAAGGAGGACAAGCGGCCGCGGACGGCGUUCACGGCCGAGCAGCUGCAGAGACUCAAGGCGGAGUUCCAGGCGAACCGCUACAUCACGGAGCAGCGGCGGCAGACCCUGGCCCAGGAGCUCAGCCUCAACGAGUCCCAGAUCAAGAUCUGGUUCCAGAACAAGCGUGCCAAGAUCAAGAAAGCCACAGGCAUUAAGAACGGCCUGGCGCUGCACCUCAUGGCCCAGGGACUGUACAACCACUCGACCACCACGGUCCAGGACAAAGACGAGAGCGAGUAGCUGCGGCCGGCCGGGGCCGCGCGGUUCGGGCUGCAGCGCCCGCGCCCCCUCCUGGCACCGCCGCCGCCUCUGCCUCGCGGGCCCAGCGCCUGGGGAGAAAUGAUCAGCUCAAAGGAGGGAGGGAGCAACAGGGAAGAGAGACAGAGAGACAGACAGACAGAGAGAGAUCCUCAGAGUGGACAGCCCCGUUUGAAUGAAACAUUUUUGAAAAGGGAGAAAGACUCGGACAGGUGCUAUCGGAAAAAAAAAAAUGAUCUAUUCUCUAUUCACAGUAUAAGGGACGAAACUGCCAACUCCUUAAAGCUCUAUCUAGCCAAACCGCUUACGACCUUGUAUAUAUUUAAUUUCAGGUAAGGAAAACAAAUGUGUAGCGAUCUCUAUUUGCUGGACAUUUUUAUUAAUCUCCUUUAUUAUUAUUGUUAUAAUUAUUAUAAUUAUUAUAAUUAUUUUAUCCCCCCCCCGCCUCGCUGUCCCCCUGCCCAGUUUCGUUUUCGUUAC